ACUGUUUUAUUCGUGGCGAUUCGUUCAAGUUUCAUACAUGCAUAAACUUGUGAUUGUUGUUCUUAUGUCAGUUUGACUAAAAGGUAUAAUUAAUCUAGUGUUUCAUUUGCAUUUAUUCCUAUGGCGUCUCCAGCACCGAAAUCACCAGAGCAAUCUGAAAGAAAUAGAAAAUACGAUAGACAAUUGAGGUUAUGGGGCGAUCACGGUCAAACUGCACUGGAAGGAGCGCACGUUUGUAUCAUAAAUGCAACAGCUCUUGGCACAGAAAUUUUGAAGUCCUUAGUCUUACCAAGUAUUGGAGCAUUUACAAUUGUGGAUGGGAAGAAAGUUACCAGUGAAGACAUCGGGGCAAAUUUCUUUCUAGAAACAGACAGUGUGGGAAAAUCAAGAGCGCAGGUAGCAACGCAAAUGCUUUUGGAACUGAACUCAGAUGUUAGAGGUGACUAUAUAGACGAGGAGCCUGAUCAAAUUUUGUACAAUAGUCCAGAUUUUUUCAACAGUUUUACUGUUGUUGUGGCUACUUGUUUAGCUGAGAAAUCUUUAGUUCUUCUGUCGCAAAAACUUUGGGAGUUAAAUAUACCUUUAAUAGUAUGCAGAACUAUAGGAUUCAUCGCAUACAUGAGGAUUCAAGUAAAGGAGCAUAUGGUCAUAGAAACACAUCCAGAUAAUGAGAUUCCAGAUUUACGUUUAGACAAACCAUUCGAGACGCUAAAGAAGCAUGUCGAUUCUGUGAACUUAGAUGCACUCAGUUUCAAAGAUCAUUCUCAUGUGCCGUACUUAAUUGUGUUAUACAAAUUUUUAGAAAAAUGGAUUUUAAGCAAAGGAGAGUUGCCAAAAAGUUACAAGGAGAAAAAUCAGUUAAAACAAAUGAUAAGAGAAGGAAUGAGAAGGGACGAGAAUGAUAUUUCAAACAGCGAGGAGAAUUUUGAAGAGGCUGUUAAAGCUGUUAACACGUGCGUAGGAUGUACUGAAAUUCCAGAGAAUGUAACAAAUGUUCUUAACGAUGAUCAGUGUAUUAAUUUAACCGCUAAGAGUAGUUCAUUUUGGAUUAUAGCUAAGGCAGUGAAAGAUUUUGUUGAGAAUGAAGGGGGCGGAUUAUUACCAUUGAAAGGUACUUUGCCUGACAUGACAGCGGAUACGGAAAAAUACAUAACACUUCAGCAAAUUUAUCACAAACAAGCGAUAGCUGACGCAGAAGCAGUAUGGCGGCGUACUUUGCAAUUAUUACGACAGUUAGGAAAAUCGUCAGAUUCCAUUCCCGAAAGAGACGUCAAGCUGUUCUGUAGACACGCUUUAAAUAUACACGUAGCAAGGGGAACGUGUAUUGCAGAUGAAUAUGAUUCAAAAAUAUUUGAUGCAAGCAAUAUAGUACAAUGUUUGGAAAAUCCAGAGAGUAUGAUGAUUUAUUAUGUCGUUCUUAGAGGAGUUGAAAAAUUUCAAACAGAGUAUAACUCGUACCCUGGGGAGUUUGAUGAUCAAGUAGAACCUGAUAUAGUUAAGCUUAAAACAUGCAUAACAAAGUUACUGAAUGAAUGGGGAUGUGGACCAUUAAUAAAAGACGAUUACGUACACGAGUUUUGUCGUUUCGGUGGUGCAGAGUUACAUUCGGUAUCUGCAUUUUUAGGCGGCCUCGCAGCCCAAGAAGUUAUUAAAUUUGUUACAAAUCAAUAUAAACCAGUUCAUAAUACCUUUAUAUACGAUGCAGUGACAUCAAAUUCUGGAACAUUCUUCUUUUAAUUAAGUUAAAUAGUAAAUUAAUUAUAUACUUCUGUAUAAAAUAAAAUAUAUACAAUUUUGUAAUUUAUGUGAUAA